GUGAUUUGUAGGAAAUAAAGCUAAACUUCUUUGAUACUAAAUAAACAUUGUUUGUAGUUACCCAAAAUUACAUUCAAUUACGAUAUGAAAUAGAUUAAUAAUAUGGAAGAAGAAAAACUAAUCCGAAAGAAGAAGAAAGCUUUGAAUGGAAGCAACAGGCGUGCAUUCGCAGAAGCUUGCAAUGAUCUUGCGACAUAUUAUUAUAAGAACACAAGAUAUGGAGAUGCUUUGGAAGAAUACAAGAAUGAAGCAUCAGUUUGCAAGGAGUUGGGGCUACGCAUGGAAUGGGGCACUUGUAACAGGAUGAUAGGCGAGAUGUACAUGUUACUAGCGGAAUUUAGUAAGGCCCUUAAAUAUGAGGAGCGACACUUGGCUGUAGCAAAGGAACUAAAUAACUUGGUAGAGGAGCAAAGAGCAAUGGCAACUUUAGGAAGGAUAUAUCUCCUACAAGGACAAAGUUCUACUGAUAAUGAUGAAUCUAAAACCUCAUUAGUGGCUGCAGAGAAAGCUUUUAUGAAAGGCCUUGUGUUGUGUGAGAAGCUCAACGGUAAAAUAAAUAAAUCAGAACUAAUGGAUAUGAGAGCUCGACUAUUACUCAACAUUGGAGUUGUUCAAGAGCACCUUGGUCAUUUGGACAAGGCAAUAGAUUGCAUCAACAAAGCCAUAACUAUAUGUUCUAAUCAGGAUUUGUAUGAAGUUCUACAUAAUUGUUAUACAACGCAAGCUUUAAUGUAUAGUAAUAAGAUGAAGGACUAUGCUAGGGCUUUGAGCUGCCUGAAUAAAGCUUUGGAGGUUGGGAGCAGGCUUGAUGAUAAGGUGCUAAAAACAUGUGAAACAUUAUCGUCAAAAGCGGACAUUUUGUGCAAGAUGUCUGAUUACCAGAGUGCCAAACAAGUGUUGUACAAAGCAUGGAAGUUAAAAACACCAGAUGAAGAAGAAAGAGAAAAUAUUGAAGCUAAUUUAAGAGUUGUUGCGGCAAUGUGCUACACGGAAGAUUUAAUCAUAUCUACUGACCCAUCAGACCAUAGUUCCUUCAAGAAACUAUACGAGAAGCUCGGCGAUGGAGCUUGUCAUUUGAAGAACUAUGCUGGGGCUGUGGAAUAUUACCUGAAGAUGUUGGACCAUGCGGAAUUAGCUGGUGACUGUGGGAAGACGUUGAUUCCUAUUUACGUGAGUUUGUAUCAAACUUACAAAGACAUGGCUUGUUACAAUGAAGCGUUGCAAUACUACUACAAGGAAUAUGAGUUAAUUAAGGAUAUUCCGAAAGAGGCAUUUACCACACUCUAUAAUAUAGCUGAAGUGUCAUACCUUGCUAAGAAACCUUAUGACCAAGUGGAGAAAGCAUGCCUUAAUGCAAGAGAUGCUGCUAGGGAAUGGAACAAAAGGAAGUACGAAAUACGGAUUCUCAAAAAUCUGCUCAAAUAUCAAGAAGAAUAUGGUGAAAUUGAUAAAACUGAAGACACAAAGAGUGAAUUGAGAGCUCUAGGUUGUGAUAGUUUGGACAAUUUGGAUGUUUCGGAGGAUGAAAUGAGUUCAGCGGGAGGGGAUGAGGAUACAACGCAUAUUGGGGAUGAUAUCUGCUUAGAAGAUUUGACUGAUUUAUCGGAUACAAACGAAGAAGAUGUAACAGAGACGAAACGAGAGACGCGUCGACGAGGCAAGGGAUAUACAAUCAAGAAAAAUAUGAAGGGAGAAACUCAGUUGCAUGUGGCAUGUAUAUCAGGCAACAAAUUGCUUGUAGAGCGUUUAAUAGCAAAAGGUCAUCCAGUGAAUAUAAGAGAUAACGCUGGUUGGUUACCGUUACAUGAAGCGUGUAUACACGGACAUACGGAUGUGGCUGAUAUAUUGAUCAGUAAUGGAGCCAAUGUUAACGAUCGAGGCGGUUCUAAUUGUGAUGGAAUAACUCCAUUAUAUGACGCAGCGAGCAAUGGACAUUUAGAAGUAGUGCAACUACUUCUUGAAAGAGGUGCAAUUCCGACAUUAAAAACAGACUUUGGUGAAACACCAUUACAAGUGUUACAAAAAUGGCGAUCCGGAACUAUACUGACUAAAGAUGAAGAGGUUUUAUAUAAGAACAUUUGUAACAAAGUUAAUAACAUCACAGACAAAACAAACGACAUUUUAAAUAGGUCUAAAUCAAAAACUCCUGUGAAACCAAUUCAAGAUAAAUCACCUCCAAGUACUUCGAAAAUGACGAGCAGAAUAAAAGAAUUAACUUCUCCGGUAUUUAAAAGACGUAAUGUUAUUGAUGACGACAGUGAUGAGGAAAUAAAUUUAACUCAAAAUCAUCAAACUGCAUUUCCCUCUGACGAUUCAAAUUCUUCUGAAGACGACGCUAAAAAAAAAGACAAUACAACAAGCGUAAAUGAAUACAGAAAUGCCAUAUCUGCUCUGAGAAAUAGAAGUGCUACUGAUUUACCCACAGUUGAUGUAAAGAAAAAGAAAUCUGCUUUACUAGAUCCUACUGAAGUCGAUGACGACUGGCUUGACGAUGAUAUGGGCAUUUUAAAUAAGAAUAAAAAGAGAAAACUAACCGACCCCUUAACUACCAUAGCCAAAAAAACUGCCAUAGACAGUCUAAAGAAUAGCAUAGACAAAUUGAAUAGAAUAGAACCGCUAUCUGAUAAUAUUGUAAACAAAAAUAAAUCUAAAAAAUCUAUCGAGGUAAUGGAAGUGAGCGAAAACAGUUCAGAUUCCGACCAAUUUCGACGGGACGAGAACAUGAAUCCAAAAAAUGUUGAAUCCAUGAGGAGUAUAAUGAAAGAAUUCAAUAAUAAACCUAAAGAUACAAGAGAAAGUAUGAAACGCAGAUGGAAAAUGCAAAGCACGUUGUUAAAAGCUGGUUUUCAAAGGAAGAAAGAUUACGAUCAAUCGAGCAACAGCGGGAGUGAUACGGAGUUUUGUGAUCGACGAGACAUGCGAAGAUCAUCAACGCCUGUAGCAUUUAGUCGAAAAUCGUCCAAUGAAAAUUUCUAUAAUAACGCAUCCAAUGACGGGUUUAACUUCAUGCAGAACAUGAAUCCAGGUGUUAUGCAACCAAUGAAUGUUGUGCAACCGAUAAAUAUAGUUCAUCCAACCAAAAAUGGUAGAAUGCAGACGCAAAUAGUAGCACCGGCGGCUGUUAAAGUUAAAGUGGAAGAUAAAGUGUUGUUGAUAUCACUGAAGUUGGAGACGAUCAAUAAGUUGACAAUCAGCUGGCUGGUUGAAGAAGUCAAGUCGCGGUAUUAUAAGUUAACAGGUGUAAAACCUGUGUUUAGUUUAAUGACGUCAGAUGGUGCCAUUCUCUCAGAAGACGAUCCUCUGAGUUUAGUGUUAGCGUCACCUGAAUUGAAUACGUGUAUAAGUAAUUGGAAAGCGUCGCCCGCUGAGGAAAGAUAUAUGGAGUGCUGUGAUGCUUUGGGUGUUUCUCCAUCAGAAGAAAUACAGCUAGCAGUUGGUCGCAGUCACACAACACGGCGAUUAGCCCUCGGCUCACAAACACUACCGCCAUCACAAAUGCGACCUCUAUUCAGAGCCCUCACUCACCAAACACAUAUAACCGCUAUCAUGAUAUCCAACAACAACAUAGGAAACGACGGCUUCAAAUACUUAACCGACAGCCUCUGUACUAUGAAACAUUUAACGCUCCUAGAUGUCAGUAGAAACAAUAUAACAGGCGAUGGUGUAAAAAUAUUAUUAAACGCCUUCGAGAAAGCCAAUAAACCAGCCUGUCAAUCGCUAGAAGAUAUCGACUUGAACCACAAUCCUAUAAGCAACGAUGGCUUCAAACACUUGGCUAAACUGACGCAGUAUAUUCGACUGAAAUCAUUGAAAAUUAAUGAUUGUAACAUAACAGAGAAUGCGUACAAGGAAAUAAAUACAUCACAGAUACAGUUUGAUGCUUUGGAAGUGUUGGAUAUAAGUAAUAAUGAUGUUAAACAAGUGUUUGUAAGUAAUUUAAUGACGUCACUAAAUCCUAAUGUUAUAAGUGAGUUGGAUUUGGAAAAUGUAGGCGUGGAGGGUAGUUGUGUCGGUUGUAUAGCGAGCUUUAUGGAUACCGCGAAGGAAUUGAAGUUACGACGUUUCAAUUUGUCCAAUUGUAAAUUGGUUGAUGGACAGUUUAUGAGGAUUUUUAGGUGUCUCGGCCGGGCCAAGAACUUACAGAGCGUGACUCUAAAACACAAUCUUCUUACAUUUAUAACACUGAAAAAACUUUUACAACGGCAACCCCCAGUUCCCCAAAUCAACCUUCAGGGUUGCCAGGAUAUAUUUAAAUAUUCCCCAGAUUCCGAUUUUCAAGUGUGGCUACCAGCUAUUGAUUUUGGGAGAUGUAUUCCUGAAAUAAACGUGACUCCAAUAUCUAAAUCUGAUGAGGAAAGAGAAAGCUUUAAGUUGUUUUCUAAAACUUGGCUCAAUUGUUUUAAAGGAAGAGGUAUUAUUGAACAUUGUGAUGGUGGAGUGACUAAAUUUACUGCUAGGUGACUUGAAUGAAGAAUUAAAUUUUUUUUUAGCAUUAUAUUAAUAGUAAUUUAAUUUAAUGAAUAUGGUGGUUAUGAAAUUAAUAUCAAAUUGUUUUCUUUUGUAUUGUCAGUCAUUGUCUGAAUAAGAAUUAUUUAUUGGUUUAUUGAUUAGAAAUUUUGUUGGGUUUGGUUGCGUGACUUAGGGAAAAGUAAAGUACAAAAGUGGAUGAAAAUAUCUGAUCUAUUAUACGAAAAGGUUCCAUUACAUUUAUUUUUUUAUUCCAUACCUAUUUGGUUUAUAGGUAUGUCACAGAAUACAUAAUAGUAGCUAAACGCUACAGAACGGACACUCUCCGCCUGCCGCCAAAAUUAAACACUUACCUCACCCCGCACGAUCAGCCUGAAAAUGGUCCGCAUUUGUCUGCAAGGACCAUACGCAACGAAGAUUGACAACAUUAAUCAAAUUGACUUAAAGUAAUUUUAUUAUUUUGGAUUUAUGAUUAUCGUUUUUCGUAGAAAAUGGUUAGAAUAUA